CCUUGACUGCUGUCGCACAACUACGGUAGACUACAGGCUGCACUUUCCGACUUGCACUGUUUGAGUUUGUCAGGCAGCGGAGGGUCUACACGAGGAUACUCAAAAAUAGACUUCAAAGGCGAUUAUCUAUGACGGACACUGGCGGAGGGGCUCUGCGGGACAGUAGGUAAAGAUGAGGAUUCCUCCGGUGUGGGCGCUGGGCGCUUGCCAAACUGGAUGAAGUGAGAACUGAGAGGGAAAUCCACUGAGAAAAAAACCACUUGGGACUGCUGAGGAGGACCUCUGUGUAGGUUCACACGGUCGUCGGCAGGGUGGAGCUUCCUGACCCAUGGAGAAUUACUUCCAGGCCGAGGCCUUCAACCUGGACAAGGUGCUUGACGAGUUUGAGCAGAACGAAGAUGAGACAGACAAUCCCAUUCUCUCGGAUGCCAAGUGGACCCAGAUCCUGGCCCCACCAGCCCACCUGCUCUCUCUGAACCCAGCACUGGCCCAUGCAGAGCUCAGUCCCCAGGAGAGUCAACUGCCGUUCAAAACCCUCCCCGACUCCUCCUCCAGUGCCUCGCCGGGGGUCGACCCUAAAAGACAUCCCGGUCCCGAACCUCCAUCUUGGUUAGAGGAGAGGCCGGCAGACGUCCAUAGCCCACCCCUCCCCCAGCCCAACAUUGGCAAACUGGUGGGCACAGACGACCUCUCGCCGCCCCCUGUGACGGCCUGUACUGCUGUGGAGAAUGGCUGCCCUUCCAGCCCUGCAAGCCCACAACUGGAUGGGCUCAGCAAGGAGAUACAUUCUCCUCCAGACAACCAGCCUGGUGCUUCAGGCCAGGAGGCUAAACCUCAUCAGGAGGAGAGCUCUUCCUCAGCAGCAGGAGGAGGAGGAAGCUCCACUGUUAGUUCCACUCACUUUACUUUUGAGCUUGGAUUAGGACACGAAGAAGAAACUGUGGAACCAACAACACAAAAUGGGGAAGGUGUCAAAGAGGGGGCUAGUACAGCUGUUUUACAGGACAAAGGUCAAGAAAAACAAACUGCAAACUUAAAAGAGGAGCAGGUAGAAAGUCUGUUGAAUAGGGGGAGAUACGUUCAGGUUGGUUGUGAGGUGGAUGAGAAUGGUGUAUCUCCUCCUGUAUGGGUUGGAGUGGAGAAUGAGAGGAGAUGUGGCCCAGAGGGACAGAUAGACCAACUCCUCAGAAUAGUAAGCCUUCCCAAUGGUUUGGAGCAGGAGAACAGUAAUCAUUCUAAACUCAAAGAGACAGAGGAGGAGGAGGAGGAGGAGGGCUUUUCUCCCUCUCCUGUCCCCUCCAAAGAGGACUCUGUCACUGAGGAGAAAGAAAUGGAGGAAAGCAAACAAGAGAGCAGCGAUGGAGGAGCAGUGGGGUCAGGUAGCAUCCAACCAAAACUCAACAACAAACGGCUGCAGCCGGUCAGUGUUCCCUACGGAGGGGCACGACCAAAGCAGCCAGUCAGCCUCAAGCUCCAAAUCCCACAGCCGCUGUCGGGCCAGGUACAAAAUCAGCUUGGCCCGUCUGCCAUCAGCAGGAACAAAAACCAGGAGAACCAGUGUUGGAGAGGCACACCCUCUGAAACUACACCAAGCGGGUCUGAUCAGAGUGCAGUCGGGGUGAACGGAGAUGGUAUUGUCCACUCUUUUCCCCUGGUGCCUUCAGAAAGCCCAGACAAUGACCUCCAGGCAGGCCAACUGGGAACCCUGUGCAGGAAACCUGCCAGCUCCCUGGGGGAGGUUGCCCCUGUGUGGGUGCCUGACUCCCAGGCUCCUGUCUGUAUGAAAUGUGAUGUCAAGUUCACCUUUACCAAGAGGAGGCACCACUGCAGGGCCUGUGGCAAGGUGUUCUGUGCGACGUGCUGCAGCCUGAAGUGCAGGCUCAUGUACAUGGACAGGAAGGAGGCUCGCGUCUGUGUCACCUGUCAUUCUGCUCUGACGAGUGCUCAAUCAUGUGAGACAACGGCCACUGGAAGCAACCAGAGUCCGAACCCCAACAACCCAGCGGAGUACUGCUCCACCAUCCCCCCUCUGCAGCAGGCCCAGGCCUCCGGGGUGCUCAGCUCCCCUCCUCCUACCGUCAUGGUGCCCGUGGGAGUCCUGAAACAGGCUGGCAGUGAGGGGUCUCUGACACGGGAGCAGAGGAGGGUGUGGUUUUCUGAUGGGUUGCUACCUAAUGGAGACACAUCAGAGUCUCCCAAACCUCCAACCUCCAGCCCAGCCCCUUCCCAGUCACUGGCCAUCUCAGCGUAUUCAAACAAAUCCUCCACUUCUGAAUCCUCAGAGGCAGCCCAUACCCCUGUCGCCCCGGUGGGCAGCCCCGUGGGUAGCUCCCUCAGUCUGAUCCCGGAGGACGGGCUCCCUCCCAUCCUCAUCUCCACCGGAGUCAAAGGAGGUACGGGAGGCCACAUCACAGACUAUGCAGUGGAGGAGAGGCCAUCAGAGAUCGUCCUCAUGCAGCAGCUGGAGGAGGGAGGCCCAGACCCCCUGGUCUUCGUGCUCAAUGCUAAUCUGCUCGCCAUGGUCAAGCUAGUCAACUAUGUAAACAGGAAGUGUUGGUACUUGACAACAAAGGGCAUGCAUGCCGUUGGCCAGGCAGAGGUGGUCAUUCUGCUCCAGUGUCUACCUGAUGAGAAGACCGUCCCGAAAGACAUCUUCACUCACUUUGUGCAGCUCUACCAGGAGGCCCUCAGUGGCAACGUGCUGAGCCACCUGAGUCACUCAUUCUUCAUGCAGAGCUUCAUGGGCAGUAAGGAGCACGGCGGCUUCCUCUACAUCAGCCCCUCCUUCCAAUCGCUGCAGGACCUGCUGCUGCCCAACCCUCCCUACCUCUUCGGCAUCCUGAUACAGAAGUGGGAAACGCCCUGGGCCAAGGUCUUCCCCAUCCGCCUCAUGCUGCGGCUGGGCGCAGAGUACCGAUUUUAUCCGUGUCCGUUGUUCAGUGUUCGCUUCAGAAAACCCCUCUUCGGAGAGACCGGUCACACUAUCAUGAAUCUGCUCGCAGACUUCCGUAACUACCAGUACACGCUACCGGUGGUAAAAGGUCUGGUUGUGGACAUGGAGGUGAGAAAGACGAGCAUUAAGAUCCCCAGUAAUCGUUACAAUGAGCUGAUGAAGGCCAUGAACAAGUCCAACGAACACGUGCUGGCCAUGGGGGCGUGUUUCAACGACCGGGCUGACUCCCACCUGGUGUGUGUCCAGAAUGAUGAUGGGAACUACCAGACGCAGGCCAUCAGCAUCCAUCACCAGCCUCGCAAAGUUACUGGAGCCUGCUUCUUUGUGUUCAGUGGUGCUUUGAAAGCCUCGUCGGGCUUCUUAGCCAAGACCAGCAUUGUGGAAGACGGUGUGAUGAUCCAGAUCACAGCUGAGACCAUGGACUGUCUACGCCAAGCCCUGAGGGACAUGAAGGACUUCAGCAUCACAUGCGGUAAAGCGGACCAGGAGGAGAACCAGGAGCUCGUCCACAUCCAAUGGACGGAGGACGACCACAACUUCAACAAGGGUGUCAUCAGUCCCAUCGAUGGGAAGUCCAUGGAGUCCAUCACCAGCGUCAAGAUCUUUCAUGGCUCGGAGUUUAAAGCCAACGGCAAAGUCAUCCGCUGGACAGAGGUGUUUUUCCUCCAGAGUGAAGAUCAACCCAAAGGUCUGAGCGACCCGGCCGACCACAGCCGGCUGACUGAGAACGUGGCGAGAGCUUUCUGCAUGGCGCUCUGUCCGCACCUGAAGCUGCUGAAGGAGGACGGCAUGGCCAAACUGGGACUGAGGGUUACCCUGGACUCGGACCAGGUGGGUUACCUGGCGGGAAGUAACGGCCAGCCUCUCCUGCCUCAGUACCUGAGCGACCUGGACAGCGCUCUGAUCCCCGUCAUCCACGGCGGGGCGUGUCAGCUGAGCGAGGGCCCGGUGGUCAUGGAGCUGGUCUUCUACAUCCUGGAGAUCAUCUCCUAGGAGUCUUCGGCGCUUCACCUCGAGAACAUCUUUUUCCUUUUCUGACGCCAUCUCACGGGCCGGCUCCUCCAUCGUCUCCCUUUCGAUUGUUUGCACUUCAAAAGAGCCCGAGAACUGUGGCGUGCCAGGCGGGGUAGCACUCCUCAAGUCAAACCUAUGCAUCCAACCGCCGUCGGUUGCUCCAGAGGCGGCCGGGGCCUGAGGAAGCUCCGAGCUGGAUCAUCGGGCCGUGUGCUGCGUACCUGAAGCUCACCCGACAGCUACUCCUGAUCUCUGGUGGUCAUCGGAGGUGCUCCGAGCAGGAAAUGAACACCAGAGAUCAUACUGUCUGACCCCAGUGUAGUGUUACAGUGCCUAUAAAAAGUGUUCCCCCCCCCCCCCUUUAACAACAUUAAUUCAAAGUAGAGUUGAUUGAAGACCCUUUCUACUGAUCUCUACAAAGUCCUAAUGAAUUAAUUAUAAAUAUAGUAUAAUUAGAAUUAAUUAUAAAUAUAGUAUUUAAGUAUUUACCCCCUUUUAAUAGGGCACACCUAAAUCAUUACACAACACAGUGAGCCCGUAAUAUAUACAGCAGUAUGUAUCCAUUAUGAUUUUUUUUUGUUUGUAUUGUUACGCUCUUACAACACGCUGAACUAAAUUGCCCUCGUAAUAGUUUGAUUCCAUUUUCGGACUCUGAGUAAAGCGAGCGGAGCGGUUUCAUGUGGUUGCUCACUCAGCUGUGUGUGAAAGAUUCAUAGCAAAUUAGUCCUCCUUAUAUCGUAAAAAACAAUCAAACUUCCAGGGAGGGUAAAUACUUUCCAUAGGUAUUGUACGUAGCUCACCCGUCAAUCCAAUGUCCCUGUGGCACCCGGGGGUCCUGGAGCACUCUGUGGGCUGUGUAGCACGGACGCUCUAAAACAAGGGAGACUCCGAUCCAUCGCUGACAAGUCCAAACUAUUUGUUUGAGGUUGUGUCUGUGUGGUGAUUUAUUUUAUUUUUUUUGCACCAUGGUGCUCAGUGCCUACAGCAGCAAUUCAUCAAGUGAAAAAAAAUAAACAAAAAAAACAUUUAGUUUCACCUCUUUAAGCUUUACUCAUCAAUCACCAGAUGCUUCACCUGAUGGAUAAAUCCAUUAACCUGUUGUACAUAUUGUUUUGUAGGCGUAACAACCUCUCCAUUCUAACUUCUCAGUAUUACCGACGUUACCGUCAUGGACUCCUCUGACGGACGCUCUGUGGAAUAAGAUUACAUAAAGCCCUUUGUGUCCUACAGUAGACAGCUGAUUUAAAAAAAAAAAAAAAGGUUCCAAUGCUUUAUUGAUAAACUCAAUCUGUACAUAAAGCUGAAGAGGGGAAAUCAGUUUAUAAAUCUCAUUCAUCAACUCAAGCUUCUACGUAAUCAGCACUUGUUGUUCGUCCUGCAGUGGUUGGAAAAAGCCACUCAAAUUAUUUAAAAGAGAAUAACUGUUGAAGACGUAAAGAUAUAUAAUAAUAUCUUUAUUAAAUUGCAGAAGCAGUGCACUGGAUUCUAAGCCAUUAAUAGGAGAGUGAAAGCGAGCGUCUGGGUUGCCGCUGUGUCCUCAAAGACAUUUUUUUUGUUAUUUUUUUUUUCUCCCAAUGUCAGAAAAGUUCAGCGUUUGUAAAGAUCUGGGGUUCCUGCAGAAACAAGAGUUUGCUUGACCUGAAGCUGAAUGUAUUUCAUUUAACAUUUUCUGCAACUUAUUAUCCUUCCACAGCCCUGAAAUUAUGAACAUCCUGCUCCAGACUUUUGUAAACUUUUUUUUUUUUUUUGAGACCUGCGUAGGAACUCUGCAGAUCGCUGAUCUGUCGUUUUCAGAAGGCCUCAACUGUCUGUGCAUCUAGAAACAGAUCGCUGCUGCAGCUCAUCUCUUUCUGCUCUGGAUUGUGCUCUCCUUUUAGCAACAUGGACCUGGGAAAAAAAAUAUAAGAAUGUAUUCCUCCUGUUUCUGUUCAAAUCUGCAAAAUGUGUGUUUUUGUUUCUGGCUAGACUAAUCACCAAAAACCACCCUGUCCUGUCCAAAUGCUCUGUACAGUAAUCAUUCUGCAUUAUGGCAACUUCUCAAUCUUUAAUCAUGCUAAUAUAAAAACCAGAAGGGGCUACACAAAAAAAAGUACUGUUAAUACAGUAUGAGAGGUUUUGUUAAAAGCAUUUUAUCGGAGAUAAACGAUCUCGUCAUCACAAGUGAGAAU